AUGAAUUCUAGAUUGGUAGGCGAUGUGGUACUAUUUAACAAUGUUUUAUUCAAUGAUUGGCCAGGGAAUAGUACUGGUAUGUACGUUUUGUCUUUGGUUGUGGUGUUUGUACUGUCAUUGCUUGUAGAAUGGCUUGGCAAUUGUUCAAUCGUUAGAGCUGAUUCUGCUCAUGCUGCUGCUGGAAUUGUGAGGAGUAUAGUUCAUACAGUUAGGGUUGGAUUAGCUUACUUGGUUAUGCUUGGUGUUAUGUCUUUUAAUGGUGGUAUUUUCAUUGUUGCUUUUCUUGGACAUGGUUUAGGGUAUUUUGCAUUUGGUUCGCAGGUUUUUAUCAAGACUGAUAAUAAGAAUAAAACUACUCCUGAUUCGAUUUGUGCAGCAUGA